AUGUUGAGUGAAGGAAAACUUGUGGCAGUGGGGCUCAUAACACUCCUCCAAGCCUGCAUUCUUUCAGUAUGUGUUGCAAAGAAAUACCAGCCAUGCAGCACGUCUUUUUGUGGGGAUGUGACUAUCAGUGAUCCUUUCUGGUUAAAAGGUAAUAAUCAAUCUGGCUGUAGUGAUCCGAACUACAAAUUGGCUUGUGAAAAUAAUAGGACUACGUUAGAACUUUACAAGGGGAGAUAUUUUGUUGCCAACAUCAACUACACUAACCAUACUAUUCGGAUAGUGGAUCCUGGGCUAGAAAAGGGAAGCUGUUUCUCAUCUCCGCACUACUACUUGACCUUUCAAAAUUUCAGCCCUAGAGAUCCAUAUUCUUUGCCUUCAGAAUGGGGAUCCGAUUCUACGGUGUUCUUGAAAUGUGCAGUGCAAGUCAGUGAUCAUAACUACAUUCCUAUUACACCAUGUGACAAUAGCAAUGGCACUUCGUCUUCCUCACAAACAUAUGCUUAUGCAUUGGUUGGAGAUGACAUUCGGGUGAGCGAUAUUCCGUAUUCAUGCACCAUAGGCAGGAGCCUUAUCACUCAAUCGAAGGAGGUUUCAGGCCACCGCAACCGCUCAAUGUCACAUUUACAAGAAAAGCUGCUUAUGGGGCUGGAGCUUUCAUUUCUAAAAGUCCUUUGCAGCACAUUAUGCACGGGGAACUGCACUUUGGAUUUUAAUCAGAAUCUUGUAGAUUGCGGAGAAUAUGAUGCUGCCAAUGUCAUGCAAGAUGCUGUAAAUUGUUUUCUGCUUCUGAUUGGUAAGGAUUUCAAGGCCCAACUAUCAGUUUCUCGCAAAAAUAAUUUAAUGGAGGUUUUCACUUGA